AAAUUACCGAGAUGUGACGAAGGUAGCCGAAGGGCGGCCGAUCGCCCCAAACAGUUGAAAGCCUGAACUUGUGUGGCGGCCGCGGACGUUAGGAGCCCUUCGGCGCCCGUGUGGCUCCGGCCUGGGGACUGAAAUUCUCUAGACCAGUUAAUUGAAUGGCUGUUGUAAACAAAAUACUAGAAGCAAUAAGUAAGGAUAACAUGACUGGACACCUUGGAAAUUUACAGCAGAUCAGGAAAAGCUAGUGUGGAUUUCUACGGAGGCAUGAACAUUCUGGCAAUGACUCCAUUCUAACCAAAAUACAAUAUUCCUGAGUGAAGGUAACGUUCCCUGGAUAAUUGGAAUUCACAGAUUAAAAAGGGCAACCAUAGAGUUGUUGCCGCUAGGAGAAACCCUGAAAUUCGCUGUGGCAUCUAGGUUCAAAACAGUGGACAAGCUGGCAAUGUCAAGGGUGCCAACACCCCCUCCGCCUGGAGAAAUGUCUAGUGGACCUGUGGCAGAGAGUUGGUGUUACACCCAGGUAAAAGUGGUAAAGUUCUCCUACAUGUGGACCAUCAAUAACUUCAGCUUUUGUCGAGAGGAAAUGGGUGAAGUUUUAAAGAGUUCAACUUUCUCAUCUGGGCCAAAUGAUAAAAUGAAGUGGUGCCUCAGAGUAAACCCAAAGGGUUUAGAUGAAGAAAGCAAAGACUACCUUUCCUUGUAUUUGCUUUUAGUUAGUUGUCCAAAAAGUGAAGUUCGAGCAAAAUUUAAAUUUUCUUUAUUAAAUGCAAAAAGAGAAGAAACAAAAGCUAUGGAAAGUCAAAGGGCAUAUCGAUUUGUCCAAGGCAAGGACUGGGGUUUCAAAAAAUUUAUCCGUAGAGACUUUCUUCUAGAUGAAGCGAAUGGUCUUCUUCCAGACGAUAAACUUACGCUGUUUUGUGAAGUGAGUGUAGUUCAAGACUCUGUUAAUAUAUCCGGCCAAUCAAAUAUGAAUACGUUAAAGGUUCCAGAAUGUCGUCUGGCAGAUGAUUUGGGGAAUCUGUUGGAAAGUUCUAGAUUCACAGAUUGCUCCCUUUAUGUAGGAGGGCAAGAAUUCAAAGCUCACAAAUCAAUUUUAGCAGCUCGUUCUCCUGUUUUUAAUGCUAUGUUUGAACAUGAAAUGGAAGAAAGCAAGAAGAAUAGAGUAGAAAUUAAUGAUGUAGAUCCAGAAGUUUUUAAGGAAAUGAUGAGAUUUAUCUACACAGGAAAAGCACCAAACCUCGAUAAAAUGGCUGACAACCUGUUGGCAGCUGCAGACAAAUAUGCACUAGAUCGACUAAAGGUCAUGUGUGAAGAAACUUUGUGUAGUAACCUCUCAGUUGAAAAUGUUGCAGAAAUUCUCAUUCUUGCAGAUUUGCACAGUGCAGAGCAACUGAAAGCACAAGCAAUAGACUUCAUUAACAGGUGCAGUGUUCUCCGACAACUUGGGUGUAAGGAUGGGAAAAACUGGAGUAACAACCAUGCCACUGAUGUAAUGGAGACAGAAGGCUGGAAAUCGAUGAUCCACUCCCACCCUCAUUUAGUUGCAGAGGCCUUCCGAGCACUGGCAACUGCACAGUGCCCACCCUUUGGUAUUCCACGCAAACGAUUAAAACAGUCAUAAUUGCGCUAGAGGACAUUAGGUACUGAUCUCGCUACUGACUUUGUGUAGAGGUAUUUCUACCUUGCACCCAUGCAGGAUGAAGUCCUUGUCACUUGCAUAUACAGGACACAACCUGAACUUUAACCGUCUUUUAAUUGCUCUGCUGAAGGAUGUGUUCCAGUAUGGUCUUCAGCUUUAAAUUAGUUUACAUGCUUUUCUCUCAGCCACUUAAACAGCCUUAAAUGAUUUUCAUCCUUCUAGUUCAGUUUAAAUAUUUUUUAAGUUUCUUUUUUUUAAAUUAAUGUGUGCCUUGUCAAAAGACUAGGCUAUGCAGAAUUGCAUCAGCAACCAAAAUGCAGAACCAUCCAUUGAAUAGUUGGGAAAGGCAAACAUAGCCUUUAACACUUUUCUAAAUGUUUGCCCUUCCACACAAGUAUAAUUAAUAAUUGAUUUCCCUGGGAGUCUACCUAUUAACCCUAAUUAGCCAGCAAUUGGAGCAAUUAGCUGUAACCAGUCAUCUUUUCAAUAUUUUUGAUUUGUGACUUUCCUCAUUACACAUUUGCAUUGUGGAUACUGUUGAAAUUCUGCAUGACAGCCUGAAAAGGAUGUACCAUUCAAUAGCACGUGUCCUUAAUGGGCCAGUGGUAUAUGAAGUACGUGGUUGGUUCGUGAACCACCAUUUUCUUUUUCAGUGUUUGUAAACUUUGUUUACAGUUUGGAAUUUCUACUGUACAGAUUUUUUUUGAAGAUUAAAUUCACAAUUUUGGCAGAAAUGUUAAAGACCUUUGUUACAAUUGUGUGAAAAUGGUUUGUAAUGUUCAGCAACCUUCUAGAACUUGAGAUUGCAACAUAACUAAAGUAAAAACACUAUAAUUUUGUGAUACUGAUGUACCCAAAACAUUGGAAUGAUUCAAUUAAAUAUAUUUAAACUUGAAUAAUGAAAGAGCAUUUCUGAAGACUACCCCUUUUGAAACUCCUAAUAACAAUGUUAAGACACUGAAGAUCACUUGAUCAAAUUAGUUUCCCAGAAUAUGUUUACGAUGUUUCUAUCCCUUUAACAAGGAAUUUCACACAAAUUUUCUGUUCUACCCAUUUUCCCUGAGGUGCUGAUUCUUUUGGAUCUAGAUCCAUGGGUGCCGGCCACCCACCACCGUCCAGUAUCUCGCCCAAGUGGCUGUUGUUCGAGUGUGAGUUUCAUAUGGCUAUUUAAACACUGGGGACAUUGCAGCCAAGCAUAUUGCAAUGCUUGCCCAACAUCCACAUAUGCAGUUCCAAUUACAUUGUUGGAUAGCGAUCAGAAAUGAGAACCCUGGAUAAUUUCCCAUUUUACCUGAGUGGGUUCAUAGCCCACUAAAGCAGUUCUACUGCUAGUUCAGCUAAAUCAUCCAGCUCAGCACAGCUUAGCAUUUGAAACAGAUCUUCCUGGUGCAUGUGGCUCAACUACUCACUGGAUAAAUUUACUGAGCCACUCUAAGGAGAAUUCCUUUUUUUAGAAUGAACAGGUAUUGUUAUCAAGUCAUUUGUCUGAGACACUGCUGAGGUAACACUGUAAAUUUUGUAGAAAACUCCACAUUUCAGGACAAUGAUUUUGCAAUGCCUCGAAUUGACGUUACAUGGCAAUUGAUUUGCUUAUGUUUUGCUAUUUUAUUUAUUAUGCAUCAAUAUAUUUCAUAAAACUUGUGUUAGGUUAAAGAAACUUUGUAAAACUUUAUAAAUGCAAUUGAAUGCACUAAUUUGUAUCAGCGUUCAUUCUGUAGGCUAUUGUUUUGUGAAAAUCAUUUUUUGUUAGAGAAGAGUGCUCAAAUAUUUUUAAAAAUUGGAAGUUAAAGAAGUCAAUGGGUUUAAGUUGUCAAUGUAUCUGUUUACUGUCAUAUCACAAAUUCAGAGAGUAUGGUUGCAUGAACUACACACCAUGAAAAUUUGAAUAAAACAAAUCUUUAAAAUGAGUUUUGAACUGCUUGUUCAAAAAUAAUGCUCAGUGCUUCUACUGAGGAGUUUGAAUAUGAAUAGUUUUUUUUAACUUCAUUUAUUUAUGAAUUAAUGAUUUCAGCUAGGAUG